CUUUGUUUUCCAAAAAAUGUGUUAAAUUUGUUUGGAUAAUUUUAACAUUUAAUUUUUUGUAGUAACUCAGUACAAAAAUAAAGAAUAACACAAUUUAGAGCAGUUUAUACAAUACUUAACCAAUUUUAACCACUUUUUUGGAAAUUUUGAAUUCGCUUUGCGUGUUUAUUGGACCAGAUAUCGUGACGGCGAUUUCAGAAUCGUAACUAGCGGAAGAUUAUCUACACUUUGACACAAAUUUUCAGUCGAUUAAACCAAUUUUAACCGGUUUUGACAAAGCCGACUAGUCGGCCGACUAUAGGCGGUACAUCUCUAAUAUUAAUUAAGGCGUAGAUUAAGUGUACAGUAGGUUAAGUAGGAAGUAGGUUAAUAAUGAGAUGUUAAGGAACGCCACUGCGCAUCUGCGCAUGGCGUAGGUACUGAUGUUUUUUGCAAGGACUGGAUCUCUUCGAGACAGACAGUCGAGUAGGUAAGACAUGAAUUUGUGUAAUAAACACAAAUCAACACGUGCUGGUUUUAUUAAUACUUAUCACAUGUAAAUAACAGUUCAUUAUAUCGUACGUGGUACUAUUUAUAAGUUGUUGUUUUUGUGUUUGUAAUAACAACCUAUAAUAAUUAUUAUUAUCUAAGAAAUUGCACUUUAAAUAAAACCCACUACUUGGGUGACAACUCCAGUGAAGAAGACCUCCGGUACUAGACAGUAGGUACUCACCCCAUAAUUCUUGUCAAAGUAUAAAAGGAACGACCAUAUACUUAUAUCAGUACAGAAUUUACAUUCAAGGUGCAAAUAAUUAUUACUGCAGUUAUCAACAAAUGCUUUUGAUAAAAAACAAAUAAAAAACAUAGCUUGAAGGUUGCAUGUCUGAUAUAUUUUUGAACAACAACUAAUGCAGAACGUGCAGAAAGCACAACACCACAAAAUGGAUAUUCAAAAAUGGUGGGUUAAUGACGAUAUCUAUUGUCAACGUUUGACGGCAGACUACCUGGAAGAAGUCACCAAAAUGUUAGAAACCUCGUUCUACCCUCAAGAAAAUGUCUGCAUGGUUUUAGGUAUUUCCGAAGAUCCUGAAGCUGUUCGCGAACUUCGCGACUUAACUAACGCAGCUGCCAAAGAUGGAAUCAGUGUCAUAGCGAUUGAUAAGAAAACCAACAAAGUUGUAGGAACAGCGUUUAAUAAAAUACAGGUGAAGAAUGAUCCCGUCUUUGAAAAUUUUGCCAAGUCGUGGAAGAGUCCCCGGUCUAAAGCUCUCGUCGAACUUAUGUCUGAAAUUGACAGUCUGUGCAAUCUCUUUGACUAUUGCCAGACCGAUUGCCUGUUAGAGUUGAUGUUUUUGGGUACUACCACUGAAUAUAGAGGGAAAGGAAUAGCCAAGAAGCUGAGCGAAAUUACUUUUGAAAUUGGGACCAAUUUGGCGAAGGGUGUCAAUGCGAGGAAGUCCCUUGAUGGUACGGAACUGCCGCUGGGACCCAGGCCUAAAAUUAUUAGUGCUAUUUUCGCCACUAUAGCGACACAGAAAAUUGGAAGACGCUUGGGGUUUGAAGUCGUCGCUGAAAAAUUUUACAACGAGAUGGACUUCCAAGGGACGAAAUUUUCAGAUGUUAUUACUAAUGGUAGCACGAAAUUGACUUUGGAAUAUAAAAAGUUAUAAAUUAGUGAGAUUUGUUGUGUCAUAAACUUAAAACAAGGUAAUAAAACGGCAGAAAAAUAA